AUGUAUUUCGCGCUGAACUCGCCAAUAACUGAUCCAUUCGAAAACGAGCUUAUGCUUUCUUCACUUGCCGUUACCUUCGUAAACCUUGUAAUAGGAGCCGUCAGCAGAAUCGCGGAUGAUGGUUUUUCGUCAUCAGUCGACCCAAUCUUGGAUAACUUGUUGUUCAAUGGCUUGGUCAUUGUUGCCAACUCCUUGGUCAUUGGACUACUUGUCGGUAAGUAAGGAUAAUACAAAGUAUUUGUCUAUCAAAACAUCCUGCUACAUGUUACAGGCUUAACCCGUGCUAAAUACCUCCAUGAAAUUCCAUGGAAUUCCGUGCAACUCUAUGAAGUUCCGUGGAUCUCCAUGGGGUUCUCCAUGAAUCUCCAUGGAAUUCCAUGGAAUAUCAAUGGAGUGUCCUUUGAGUUCCAUAGAAUUCCAUGCGGUUUGUAUGGGAAUCCAUAGAAAUUCAUUAAUAAAGCAACUAAUUAACUGGUUAACUGCAUGUUUAAGUCUAAACUUUUUAUUGGACAGAAAAAUAGAAAACAAGGCAGGUUUUUAAAAGCAAAAUGAUGCCUAAGUUUAAAUUAUCCAAACAUUGUCACUUGUUCUUGUUCACCGUUCAUGCUGAAACUGAGCGUAAUAAAUGUUUUUGCGGGCGACAAGAGGAGCCCGCAAUCCUAGUCUCCAGGUUGUUAUUACGUAUGAGCCGCUUGUAAGUAGCCAGCAUUCGUUUGGACGUCCGCUAAGAACGAAUGGAAUGCACAAAACGCAAUUUGAUCACGUGCGUUUCGACCUUCUACCCCUCGUAAUCUGAUCACGCGUGUUUUGACCAUCUGUCACGUGAAACUUACGCAAAGCACAGCAUUGAAGCAAAAGCGUUUGGACCUCCGAUCGUUGUCUCCUGCACUCCCUAACCUUUGGUUAUUACUAGUUCCUAACUAUUAAGGAAAAAAAGGUUUUUGUGUGCUUAAUAAAAAAUGAUCCUGUGUAAAUAAUAAAAUACAUUCAAGUAUACAAAAUUGUUUCUAGUGAGAGUGUCUGCCAACAAUCUAGCAAAAUCAGUGUUGCAUUCAUAGAGAGGAUCUAUUUUUUUAUAACAACAUGCAGCCGCUUCAAUAUGAUAAAUAACUAUGAGUGAUCCCACGAGGCACGAAGCUGUCGAUGUACAAAGUGUCUUGAGGUUGAGAGUUGAGACUCCAGUCCAACCUGAAUGAUGACCGAGAGCACCCUGCAUCUGCUUUGCAUGGAGUUAUUCGAGCUACAUUUUUAGUCACAUCUGUGAAUAUGUGCGCCUAUUUUCAAAGGCUCCCUCACUUAGAAGAACAAUGACAUAUUUUUCUCUCGCUGAUUUACUCUUCAAGAGCGUCGGAAUGGUGUAGUUAACUCUGAAAGGGACCACAUCUUAACGCUUUUAAAGACAGACAAAUUGACGUAUUCUUCACAGAAUUCCUGAUCUGAGUAUAAAGGGAUGUUCAGCAAGCAAAAACAUUUGCGAACUAUGAAAUUCCAAGCAAAAUCAACACUGUUGAAAAUUACUCUCAGCAUCUGUCAUUUGCUCAUAUUAAACUCAAUCAUGUUUUUUUUUCAAAGUAGUCACUAAAAAGCCUGGAUUUCGACAAGAGUGAUUUUACUUUUGAGUUUUCCUUAUAAGCAGAUAAAACUACAUUUUUUUACAUAAUUUACUGGUUGAAAUAGAUAAAGAACAGCUAAGCAGAGGUCUCGAUGUUUUGGUUUAACAAAACAGCUUGCCUCUAUACUAAAAUGCUUAACUCGGAUGGCUCUUCAAAGUGACCAACUGUAUAGAUUUCUAUCUCAUGGUUAGCACCAUCAAGGUCGUUACUAACUUUACAACGUAAAUUAUACACAUCAACUACAAUGAACAUUAAAAUAUCGAGAAUAUCACUUCACCUGACUGAUCACCAUCUAGUUUGAUUUAAUUUGCUGCUUUUGCGCUUUACUUUGCAUUUUGAAGAUAGGUCUUCGAUUGCAGGGUUGUAAGUUCACCUUAUUUUCCGUAAGAUCGUCGAGAACGAAUAGUUUAUGGGCGGCCAUAGCUUGCUUUCAAAUGUACCGAGCCUAGCGUAGCUAAAGGGAGGAGUCAAACUAUAUUUAGGGGGUGGGGGACGCGACGCCCACCCCUCGUAACGGUAAGCUCUCGACCUCAAGGAAAAAAUAGUGAGCUAUAGGGCCAUUAUUUUCUUACUUUGUUUGAUCAGCAUCACAAGGCCUUGCACAUGUACAGUUUCUGCAUGAUUUUGCUGAUCACGAUCUAUUUUGGUCAAACGUCAAGAUUUUUGUUAUUUCAUGACAUCCCUGCUCCUCGGAACGGCUAAACUUCUUAGUCUCAACCAUUUUUUUCUGCUAAUAUUCUUAAUGACCAUUUCUCUUUUGUGGGAAAUAGGCUAGCUAGCACAAUUCCAACGCCACAACAACAUCUUAAUUACGCUAGUCAUUGCAAAGCACCGACUUCAUCUUUCUAUCCUUACCGGUAACGUCCGACGAAGUGAAAUUUCAAAUACUCUCCAUACCAAACAACAAGUCUUAUGGUCUUUAGUAAAAUCCAACUAGUGGUCUGUAUCAAUGCUGCGUUCUGAUUGGAUAAGCUACUACUAGGCUAUAUGUUAUAGCCUACUAGUAGCGAAGAGCGCCGGAUUUUUGGCGGCAAAAAGGGACUUACGUCUAGCUUUAACCAGCUAAAAGUUGUUUUGUAUCGAUAUUUUUGAGCAACUAGUUGAAUUUUACUAAAAAAAUUAUUCCUCUCGCGCCUCUGAGUCAAUAGCCCAUUCGGCCUUCGGCCUCAUGGGAUAUUGACUCAGAGCCCAUUCGAGAUCGAGGAAUAAUUGUUGAGUAUUCACCUCCCAUAAAAUUAUUAAAGUGUGCAAGUAGUAUCAUAGCUCCUAUUCAAUCGGAAAUAUCGAAUAUCUCAGUAACAUUAAGAAAAUAUCCUUCAAAACUUAAAUUGUCCAAAAUAACUCCAAUAUUCAAGAGUGGCGAAGAUAAUGAUGCGAAUAAACUACAGACCUAUAUUCUUAUCUAACUUUAACAGAAUUUUUGAAAAGAUCGUGUACAACAGAAUGAAAGAUUAUAUUGACAAACAUAAAUAUAUGUUAUUCACCGGCUGGGAGGUCCAUUUUCUUUGGGAGAAACUGUGCCCGAGGCCGUAGGCCGAGGGCAGUAUUUCAGACCGAGGGCACAGUUUCUCCCAAUACGGACCGACCUUUAAUUUUUUUUUCCUACUGAGAUUUGAAAGUUUCUGGAAAAUUUUCCUUCACUCUCCAACCUAUUUGUGUUGAAGUAGGACGCGUUUGUGUUGAUGAAGCGCGCGGUCGAUUGCAAACCAAAACAAAACAUUACAACAUGACUUUUAGCUCGGUAAUUUAUUUUAAGGCACUUACUGCUCUCUUUUGAAAUAAGGAAAGGUUUUUGUGUCUUGCUAGACAACUCAUAAUCUGAGUGUCAAACAAGAAUAAAAGAAUUGACGAGCUUGAUAUUAAAAGCCCCAGGGUGAAAAAAAUACAGCAAGGGUUAUCUUCGGCCGAAUAAUUCAAAAAUUGCUUUAAGAUUAUCAAUUGAGCGGGAUCAAAACUGUACAAAAGAGCUAAUUACACAUACCAGUUUUAAGGUUUUGAAUUGAAUUCGAAUAAAAGAAGGCGAUUUGAGUAACAAGUGAUAAACAAGGAAAUGAUAACGGCGAUAACCGACUGCUGGAAAAGUGAUUCGUGUUGUUUAUAUAAGAUUGAAAGCUAACACCAAUCAUUGAAAAUGGAAAACAGAACUACAAAAAUAUAAGAGCAAAAAUGUCCAAUAAACGGUGCAUAAAAGCAAGAUUGCGGUACUUACAGCGCGGUUAUAAAGAUAGUGAAGCGACAUCACGAGCCACCUGUUUUGCUUUACUUUAGCUGUUUUCCUGGCUGACUUGCUUGAUUCUCCCUUCAGAUUUUCUGUCUGAAUAAUAAAAUUCACUUUUCCCUAGCUAAUUCUAAUAAUAGCGCAAGUUUUGAAAGAAAAAUGGUUUGAAAAUGACGGUUUUUGCUCAUUCACAAACAACAAACAAUCUUGUGAAUGAAGCUGCCAAUGAUUCCGCCCGGGUUAGCGGGCAGGAUCGUAAAAUACCGUCCACUCUCGAAACCAAUCACAUCGCAGGAUUUAGAGGAUUCCGCCCGCUCGCAAGCUUGGGAGAAAAUAAUUUAUUGUAUUCCUCCCAGUAUGGCUUCCGUAACGGUCACUCGACUAGAGAUUGUAAACGCAAUACAAAGUAAUAUGAAUCAAGGUCUUUUCUCGUGUGGAGUCUUCAUAGACCUCAAGAAAGCUUUUGAUACUGUCGAUCAUAAUGUUUUGCUCGACAAACUUAAUCACUAUGGUUUUCGUAGAAUUAUUAAAGACUGGUUCUCCUCGUAUUUGAAUAAUCGUAUGCAAUCUACCCAAAUCGGACCAUACAUUUCAAACAAAGCUAACGUAAGCUGUGGUAUUCCCCAAGGAUCUGUCCUUGGCCCGUUGGUUUUUUAUUGUAUGUUAAUGACAUACAUUAAUGCUCGAAUAAACUUAAGUUUUAUCUCUUCGCAGAUGAUACUAAUAUCCUUCAUGCUGAUAAAAACUUAAAGUCCUUAGAAAAUAUGGUAAAUAUUGAAUUACGAAACCUCCACGAAUGGUUAACAUCCAAUAAGUUAACUCUCAAUACUACAAAAAGUAACUUUGUAAUCUUUCACCCUUAUCACAAAAGAGUCACUUACCAACCGAGCCUCUACAUGUUAGAUAACGAGAAAAAUGGAAAUGUAACUUUAGAGUCCAAAAAUUAUAUAAAAUAUCUUGUUGUGUUGGUUGAUAAAAACCUUACUUGGAAAUACGGCAAAAAUCAGUAGAACAAUUGGACUAAUUUCAAAACGUCGCACUCCAUACCUCGUCAUAUACUGUUAUAUAUUUACCAAACAUUAAUCCAUCUUCACCUAAACUAUGGUAUUGCUGCCUGGGGUCAGGCAUCCAAGACUUCCCUCAAUAAAAUUCUAAUUCUCCAGAAGAAAGUGCUCCGCAUGAUGUAUUUUACGUAUAUACGUGAACACGCAAUUCCUCUAUUUAUUCGACGCUGACAUAUUACCAGUUUCAUUUAUGUAUUAUAAAACUGUGGCUAGUCUAAUGCACGAUAUUAACAGCAACAAUUCGCCAACAAAUCUCUUCAAUUCAUUUGAAAAAACCUCAACAAUUCAUUCAUACCAUACAAGGUCAUCUACUUCAGGUAACUUUCACGUUAAAAGCUCAAAGCUGGAAAUACACAAAAACUCCUUGUCUCGUUUUGGUGUAAAACUUUGGAAUGAGAUACCUUGUCAUAUUAGAGAUCUUCCUAAAAAGAAAGUUUCGAAAGUGCUUCACAGAUUGCUUUGCGACAUCUUAAAAAGAGAACAUGACUAUAUUGAGACGUAAUUAAAAGUUGAAAAAGUUCGAUUAACAGUUAAGUGAAUUCUGUACAAAAGUAUUUGUUUUUUUCGCACUCCGUCAAUUCCUUUUUCGUCUCUCCUUAGUAGAUUUAAUGUAAUUAUAAUAGAAUUAUGAUAGAAAUAUUGUUUAUUGUAACAGUUAAGUGAUUUCUGUACAAAAGUAUUUGUUUUUUUUUCGCAGUCCGUCAAUUCCUUUUUCGUCUCUCCUUAGUAGAUUUAAUGUAAUUAUAAUAAAACUAUGAUAGAAAUAUUAUUUAUUGUAACUUAAAAUAGUUUCCUUCCUUUCCUUUCCUUUCACUUUAUUUUUCUUUUAACUGGUUCACCUGAUUAGUAAUGGCUAUUUCGCGUGCCAGCCUCUUGUAAUCAAUAUUUUUAUUAAAGAAAGUUAAAGUUCAAGGUGAAGUUGCCAUUAAUAUACCAAGUAAUGUGCACAACCCGUUUUAUUUCGACUGAGUGUAAGACUGACUACUUGUUUUCCAGACAAAUUCGGAAUCUGAAAAGACAGUAAGGUGGUAAUACUGUGAUCCAAAGUCCACGCUCGUCCGAGUACAGCAAGGUCCUUCCUCUCUGCGCAAAGUGUAUUUGAAAAUAAAUUGAAUCAAGAGAGGAUAAAAAGGACAGAGAAGGCAUCCCCCAUACACACCCUGUUCCAUAGGUAAUUCGUCUCGAGUUAUUUUUAGAAUUGGAAUAAAGUUACCUCGGGCGCUGCGUGGAUGUUUCGUGGAGGUUUCGCAUGACUAAACGCCGUGCAAAAGAUGUCGGGCGAAAGGCAAUGAAAGCGUAAAGAGAUCGAGAGCAUUCCUGAAUAUUGAAGUGAAAUGAAUCGGCGCUCGCCUGGGAAAAGGGAAUCGCUGGACUCUUUGUUCUCUUUGACAACCCGUGAAAUCAGUUUAACUCGAAGUUGUCGUACCCUCAGUGCUUUAAUAAAAUGAGAAAUUUCGCCGGUCUAUUGAAACCCGGUCGUUUGUAUAAUAAAGCAAGUAGGACGUCAAGUGUUAUUUUUGUUGAAUAAUAAAAGACAAAUAAAAGAAUAAAUAUCAAACCAGAAACUGCUCUCUUCAAACUGUAAAUUAUAAAUGAUCCUGAGAGAAUAUUCAGUGUGUUAAGGAUUUCCCUGCUGUACUGUUAGCUCUAUACAAGAGAGGAAGGGCGAUUCUUUUUUAAUUUCCGUUUCGCUGGCACAACUUUAGCAGAAAUCUCUCUUUAGUCGUUUUCGUCGACAAAACAAAUAGCAAUAUCACUGUCCGCGUCUUCAGCCAUUUUUUUCUCCGUCAAUUCGUGAAGGACGCGUGGCUCUGAGCGUGGGUCAUCCACGUGGAACACGUUCGUGCUAUGUGAUUGGCUGUUGUCUAAUCUCCCUUGGGAUCUAUGGUCUUAAAAAUAAGUCGAGACGAAUUACCUGUGGAAUAGGGUGUGUAUGGGGGAUGCCUUCUCUGUCCCCUUUAUCCUCUCUUGAAUUAAAUCUAUGAUGGCCUCGUUUUAAUUUGAAUGAAUAUAUAAUUUGUUUUAGUGCAAUAUGUUGCGUACAUUUACCACAAAGUAAAAGAAUGGCGCAAGAAUCCAAAGUGGUCAUUUUCAUGCUGCCUGGCCUUGCUAUUACCCCUAAGUGAUUUACAAGGAGAAAUAGUGGGAUUAACUGAGAGGAAUAUAUUGACACAGCAACUUCAAAGUGGCGGAAUCGAAAUGCCAACGAUUGCUAAUACUUUAAAGGAAAGCGGGGCAGUGGAGAUAACUCUUGAAGAUUAUGAUGUAGAACGCAAAGAAGAAGAAGAAGAGACUGCAAAUAAAUUCAGCGUUGCUCAAGGCCUCCUUUCACUAGCACAAGUAGGCAUCCAUAAGCUGCAACGGGGGACACAAGACACCAAACUG